CUCUUCGAAGUAAACGACGAGGACGUAAAAAAUAAUGUCAACUUCUUUAGCCUCUAGAUUAGCAGCUAAACAAGCCUCACAAAACGCACAAGCGCUACAGAAUUCACAAGAUCAACGUAUAAAUUUACCUUCUUAUUUAAAAGAUGCCGUACAAGAUCCUUCUCCAGUUGAAAAGAUUGAAGUUGACGCAUUAGCUUUAUCUAAAAUAGCGAAACACUCUUCAGAGAAUAAGAACGCUACUGGUAUUUGCUUAGGUUUAGACAUCUUAUCCGUUUUGCAAGUAACCAAUGUUUUCCAAUCUUAUACACCUUUAAUCAAUACUGGUAACCCAGAUGAGGAUGAGAGAAAGUCUAAGAUUUUGAGAAAUCAAUAUAACAGCAAAAUGUGUAGAAACCUUUCAGAUGUCGACUUGGAUGAUCAGCCAGUUGGCAUUUACAUCGCGAUCGAAUUUGGCGCAACAAUCAACGAAAUUUUAUUAUCUUACGCACCUUUGUUAUCUGCACUUGGUAAAAACAAGGGAUUCGUUUUACUUUACGAUACUUCAUCAGCUAGCAAGGGUAACCUCAACUUGAGAGCAUACAAGAUACAAGAGAACUUCAUACAAGCUUUGCGUACCAAUCAAUUCUCUGAAAAGGGUAUCAUCGAAAAUCAAUUAACAUUCAGCGACAUCUUACAAGAGUACCCAAUAGAAUUAAAAUCUUCAUCUUUAACAAAAGCAUACUUAGAAUCAUUAUCUACACCAAAAACCCCAACUGAUUCAACAGUAUUGAGCAAAAACUCAGCCAAAAUCCUUCAACUUGAUUUAGAUUCACCUUUACAAGCAAAUAUAGACAAUCUUGUUGAAUCAUUAGACGCAUAUAAGGAUGAGCAAUCUCAAUUAGCUUUUGCUAACCGUCAUUUACUCAGAGAGAGGGCAAAAGUUGAACAAAAUAUUCAAAAAGUUCAACAACAACGUCAAUCACAAAACUUAGCUCCAUUAAGUGAAAGUGAAAUCCAACGUCAAUUUAAGCUACCAGCCGAACCUUCAAAAUUACCUUCAUUAGUUUUACAAGGUCAAUUAGAUGGUAUUUCACAAAGAUUAUCCGAUAACGCAUUGUCUUCAAUAUCGAUGACACACCCAGAUGGUUUAUCUGAUAAAUCUUGAACUGUAAAUAAAUAAUUUAUCUUUUUU